AUGAAGAAGUCAUCGCAAAUGGAACUCGAUCUCAAUUCGUUCCUCGUAUCUGACUCCGACUCCGAAUCCGAUUUGGAUUCUUCCUCCGUUCCUCACCGUACAGUCGACGAAAUUCUCAACGCGUCUAGCUCUUCAUCUCCGUCAUCUUCUCCUCCGCCGUUAGUUAGCAGCCGGCGGAAUCAAAACGAUCCGACUCGUCGCUUAUCAGAAGCCCUUUCUAACGUUUCGGUUAGACCUGAAUCUGAAAUAAUUCGCGGGUUUCCGACGCGGCGAAAUUCGGCAUCGACUUCUUCUUCGUUGAGACAGUUGCCUUUACCGUCGCUAUUUGCAGGAGUACGGUCGAAUGUGAAGCCAGGUGCGGCGCUUGCGGCGGCUGUUGCUGCUUCUAGAUUGGUUCCUACGCCUCACGCUGCUAUAAUCAAGUCAAGGAGAGCUAGCAGUGCGAGUAGCGAGUUGCUGCAUCAGGUUUUGGGCACUGGAGAAUCCGUUUCGAAUCCAGAUGAAGAAGAUCAAGAAGUUUUGUCUUCUAAUGGAGAUUCUGUUGUUGGAGUUGCUGCUGGAUCUGUUUCUGUGGAUGAAUUUCGUUCUUUCGGUGAAGAAUCUCGGUUGGAGGAUGAUGAUUAUGGAGUUCCGGUUGUUGCAAGUAAAGAAAACGAAGAUAAAGUAAUGGAAGUCCAAGCUAGUGAUAUUACUGAGACCUUAGUUGAUACCUGUGAAUAUGAGGCAAAGUCUAAGCCUGACUUAGUCUCUGCAGAACAAGAGACGCCAAGCGCAGGAGAAACCGGAAAUGCUGAUGUGGAUGAUAGCCUCAAAGAUGACACAAUGUUUGUCGCUUCUUUGGUGGAUUCUGAUGGGAAGUGCUUUCCUUAUUCUCUAUCAGUUGAUGAUAAGGUAAGCAAUGAUGAGAACUUAAGUGUUGGAGGUGCUAAGAGUGAUGAUUCAGAUGUAGUGAUACCGGAUUCUAAAGUAGAGGAAGAAGAGGGAGGUGAUGCUUUAAUUCGUGAUGAUGGAAGCUCGAUGUCUGGUAUUUCAGAGCUUGUAGAAGAGAGGAUUGGGGAGUUGGAAAAAGAAAGGAUGAGUAAAAGAGAGAAACUAAAAUCGCGGUCUUUUAGGAAGCAGCUUGUCUUAGCUGAAGAGUUUGAGAAGAAACAAGCAUAUACUGGUUUGCAUUGGGAGGAAGGGGCUGCUGCUCAGCCAAUGAGACUUGAGGGUGUUAAGGUCGGUUCGACGAAUUUGGGUUACUUUGAUGUUGACGCUGACAAUCUCAUCAGUCGAACCAUUUCAUCCCAGGCAUUUAAGCGAGACCAUGGUUCUCCUCAGGUUUUCGCUGUUCAUUUGAAUUUUAUUGCAGUGGGUACGUCCAAGGGGGUCAUCGUUGUUGUACCAAGUAAAUAUUCUUCUGAUACUGCAGAUCAAAUGGAAUCAAAGAUGAUUUGGCUUGGUUUACAAGGAGAAAGAUCCCAGUCCCCGGUUACCUCAGUUUGCUUCAAUCAGUUGGGGGGACUCCUGCUAGCCGGUUAUUAUGAUGGACAUGUUACAGUUUGGGACGUGCAGAGAGCAUCAAUAGCAAAAGUGAUCACUGAGCACACUGCACCAGUAGUAUAUGCCUUUUUUCUUGGCCGGGAUUCCCAGGGUUCUCGCCAAUUUAAAGUAAUUACAAGUGAUACCAAGGGUGUUGUUUUCAAACAUACUUUCUCUUGGACUCUGCUGUUGAACAUGUACUCAGUAAAAACACAGUGUCUUCUCGAUGGACAGAAAAAUGGAACAGUCCUCUCGGCAUCACCUCUGCCUGAUGAAAUUAGUGGAAGCUCCUUGGUCUCUUCUAAGGGGGGUAACACUGCAGUUCCAUCCAGCAGUAUAACUAGCAUGAUGGGAGGUGUUGUUGGGGUUGAUUCGAGUUGGAAGCUCUUUAAUGAGGAUUCACCUUCAGAUGAAGAAGGUGUUGUCAUAUUUGCCACCUAUCAAACUGGACUAGUGGUAAAGCUUAUUCCAACUUUGGAGGUGUAUGCACAACUUCCUAGGCCAGAAGGGGUUCGGGAGGGUUCCAUGCCAUACACUGCCUGGAAACGCUCAAUGGAAAGUUCUUCUAAGGAGGCAGAAGAUAGGGUUUCUUUUCUUGCCAUUGCUUGGGAUCGUAGAGUUCAAGUUGCCAAGUUGGUAAAAUCAGACCUAAAGGAAUAUGCCAAAUGGUCACUUGACAGUGCAGCUAUUGGCGUGGUUUGGCUGGAUGACCAGUUGCUGGUGAUCCCAACUGUGACGGGCCAUUUGUAUCUUUUCACAAGAGAUGGUGUGGUAAUUCACCAAACGAACUUUUCUGUGGGUGGUUCUUCAGGGAAUGACCUGAUUGCCUAUCAUACUUACUUUACGAAUGUCUUUGGAAAUCCUGAGAAAGCUUAUCACAAUUCUGUGGGUGUCAGAGGGGCUUCAGUAUACAUUCUCGGGAAUGCACAUCUUGUUAUCUCCAGACUUUUGCCAUGGAAGGAACGGGUUGAUGUUUUAAGGAGAGGAGGUGACUGGAUGGGUGCUUUUAACAUGGCAAUGUCACUUUUUAAUGGGCAAGCUCAUGGGGUUGUUGACCUUCCCAAAACUGUGGACGCCAUUAGGGAAGCGAUAGCACCCAGUUUAGCAGAGUUGCUACUUUCCUAUGUAGAUGAAGUAUUUUCUUAUAUCUCAAUAGCAUUUUCCAAUCAGAAUGAGAAAAAUGGAGUAACUCAUGAGCCAACCAGUGGAACCGACAGUGUCAACUUAGAGAUAGAAGAACAAUACAAUCGUGUUGGUGGUGUUGCCGUUGAAUUCUGUGUUCAUAUUAACAGGAUGGAUUUGCUCUUUGAUGAGAUAUUUUCCAGAUUUGUGGCUGUACAACAAAGAGAUACAUUUUUGGAGCUCUUGGAGCCUUAUAUUUUAAAAGAUAUGCUUGGAUCUCUUCCUCCAGAGAUUAUGCAAGCGCUGGUAGAACAUUAUAGUAAGAAAGGAUGGCUGCAAAGAAUUGAGCAGUGUGUUCUUCACAUGGAUAUUUCUUCCCUAGAUUUCAAUCAGGUUGUCAGAAUUUGCCGUGAGCAUGGGCUUUAUGGUGCCUUGCUCUAUCUUUUCAACAAAGGGUUGGAUGAUUUUAGGUCACCUCUGGAGGAGCUCUUGAUUGUCUUACUGAACAGUGAGAGACAAAGGGCUACAGCCAUUGGGUACCGGAUGCUCGUUUAUCUAAAGUACUGCUUUCUUGGUUUGGCUUUUCCACCAGGACAUGGAACUCUGAAUCCUACACGCUUGCCAUCUCUUAGGACCGAGCUGAUUCAGUUUCUACUGGAGAAAUCAAACACCCGUGAUUCUAGUACAUGCGUAACAUCACGAUGCAUUUACUUGAACCUCUACCAUCUGCUAGAGAUGGAUACUGAAGCCACUUUAGAUGUCCUAAGAUAUGCAUUUGCAGAAAAUGAAACGGUGAAUCAUGAGAAUCAUCUGCUGGAGUCCGGUGAAGGAAGUUUAGAGUCCAAGACUGAUGGCAGUAUGCCCGAAGUUAGAUGUAACGAUAUGCUGAUCCAGACUCUGCUAGAUGCUCUAGUUCAUGUUCUUGAUGGGGGCGUAAGUCAACCUGAUGAAUCUGGCGUUCCAGAUGAUUCAAAAUCAGAUAAGAAAUGGCCCUCCAAGGAAGAUACAAGUCAUGUAUUUGAGUUUGUUGCAUAUUAUGCAGCACGUGGUAGAGUUAGUAUUCCCAAGAGCGUAUUGGCACAGAUUUUAGACUAUUUAACAUCAGAUCACAUUCUUCCUAUAUAUAAUCGGUCUCCUAAAAUGAGAGAGAACCAACUACUAAACCUUCUGAAAGCUGUACCGGAAUCUGAUUGGGAUGUGGCUUAUGUAUCGCAGCUUUGUGAGAAGGCACAUUUUUAUCAGGUUUGUGGCUAUAUUCAUACUAUCGGUCAACGAUAUGUUGCUGCUUUAGAUAGCUACAUGCAAGAAGCAGAUGAGCCCAUACAUUCGUUUUGCUAUGUGAACAAGAUGCUGUCACAGUUGAGUGGAGAUGAAUUCACUGCCUUUCAAUCUGCAGUAAUUUCUAGGAUUCCUGAGCUCCUCGAAUUAAGCAGAGAAGGAACAUUCUUCCUGAUCAUUGAUAAUCUGAAAGACAACAUAAAACGCAUUCAAGAGCAGCUCCAUUCUCAUCCAAGAAGCUUGUUCCUUUAUCUCAAGACUGUCAUUGAGGUUCACUUGUCUGGGACUAUUGAUUUUUCUCGUCUAAGAAAACAUGAAGCUGUUGACUUCGGUGAAAAAUUUACGAGUGGUAUGCCCAAAGAGACUGAAAUAUAUUUGGAAGGACUUAAUGGCUUUCCCAAAUUCAUCGAAGAUAAUCCAGUCAGUGUGACUGAUGACAUGAUUGAGCUUUACUUGGAGCUAUUAUGCAAGUACGAACCGAAGUCAGUCUUGAGAUUCCUGGAAACCUUUGAUAGCUACAGGGUGGAACACUGUCUACGCCUCUGUCAGGAAUAUGAAAUUAUAGACGCAGCAGCAUUUCUCUUGGAGAGGGUGGGUGAUGCAGCAAGUGCUUUGUCACUUACACUCUCUGGACUCAAUGAAAAAUUUGUCGAGCUUGAAAAUGCGGUGGAAUGCCUAAUGCCAGAAUUAAAGUUGAGUGCUAGUGAAGGAGCCAGCUUGGAACAAUUCAGUAGUGCACUAGAGUUGAAGGAGGUACAUGACAUACAAGGCGUUUUGCAAGCCUGUAUAGGAUUGUGUCAACGCAACACUCCUCGUCUUAAUCCUGAGGAGUCAGAGAUUCUUUGGUUUCGCUUUCUUGACACUUUCUGUGAACCUAUGAUGGAUUCAUAUCGAGAACCGAGGAACGUCAAAGAAAUAAACAAAGGUCCUGUAGGUGCUAAAUCAUUGGAACUUCAUGUCAAUGAACCAGAUGUUGCAAUCAAGUGGAGGAUUCCAAGAUCAGAUAAGGCAGGUACACUCAUCCUGAGGAAGCUCGUGUUUCAGUUCAUCAAAGAGAUUGUCGAAGGAAUGAUAGGAUAUGUUCGUCUUCCAACAAUCAUGUCAAAACUCCUCUCUGACAACGGUUCUCAAGAGUUUGGUGAUUUUAAACUUACAAUAUUGGGAAUGCUUGGAACUUAUGGCUUUGAGCGGAGAAUACUGGAUACUGCAAAGUCCUUGAUCGAAGAAGAUACAUUCUAUACCAUGAGCUUACUCAAGAAAGGUGCUUCUCACGGGUACGCACCCAGAAGUUUACUUUGUUGUAUAUGCAAUUGUCCUCUCACCAAGACAUUCUCUACUCUUCGUGUACGUGUUUUCAACUGUGGCCACGCAAAUCAUAUUCAAUGUGAAUCGUCAGAGAAUGAGACGUCAUCAUCAUUAUCUAUUCACGUCUCUUCAUCAGGCUGUCCUGUUUGUAUGCCAAAGAAGACCACACAAAGUUCUUCUAAAGGUAAAUCAUUCUACAUAGAUUAUGGACUGAUAAGCACAGUUUCGACAAACACCGGGACGACUUCACAUCGCGCUUCACCUUACUCACACGAGAAUGAAAUGACCGAUCAUUCUCAUGGCCAGCAAUUAUCACGGUUUGAAAUCCUAACAAACCUUCAGAAAGAUCAGAGAUUGGUACAGAUUGAGAGCUUGCCUCGGUUAAGGCUUGCACCUCCGGCUGUGUACCAUGAAAAAGUGAGCAGAGUCUCAGGUUUUACGCCUGGAGAGAGUAGCGGUAAAGACUCGAAACCUGUAAAACCAUCCCAAAGCAAGAAAAUUAAAGCAAAAGGAUCCAUUUUUCGGUCAAGACUCGCUUUAGGAAGAGACAAGACGAGCAGAAGAUGA